AUGACAGCCAAUAUGAACACCAUUCUCAUCCUAGGUGCCACAUCCGGCCUAGGCGAAGCCUUCGCCCGUUACUUCCACUCCAAGGGCAAAAAGGUCAUCGCCUCUGGUCGUCGCCUCAACCGUCUCGAAGCCCUCAAAUCCGAACUCGCCGGUCUAGAAACUGUGCAAUUCGACAUCUCGGACAUCCCAUCCAUCGAAGGGAACCUUACGAACAUCUUUACCGCCUACCCAGACAUUGACAGCAUCUUCGUCAUUGCUGGGAAGCAAGAGAUUGGACAGUUCACCGAUCCAUAG